AUGAGCGUCACGAGCGAUGGUCCGUUGGUGGGGAGUGGUGCUGGCUUGGCGGCGGUGCGGUGCGGUGCGGUGGACGAUGGGAUGGGUUGGCAGGCUGGUGGCUAUGCAGAGGACGACAUGAGGCUUUGCGUUGAAGGAGAUUAUGUGUGCAAGUGUGACAGACGCCUCGUGAUGGUUGGCGGAGGCGUAGGCGGUCGUCAGGCGUCAGUCGUCAGUUGGAGUUGGCGUGGACUCGAACGUGUGACCGCGGCUCGCUCGCGUCUGUGCGUCGGUCAGGGCAGCAACGACGUCAAAGCAGCGCUCUUUGUGGUGGUCGGGGUGAUUAUUCGCAAGACGGCGCGGCAGUAUGAAAAGAGUAUGAGGGCGUAG